UUUCUUUUAGCACUGCGGUAAAGAAGCGGGCGCAGAUAGUGAUGGGGCUGUCAGGGCGAAGCGUUAUAUGCGUCCACGGCGUGUCUGUGCGUGUGUGUCUGUCGGGCUCCAGCAGAGGUGGCUCACAUUAGACAUUUUGGGCAGUGCCUGCGCAUUUCUUAAUGUGGGUGUCAGGCCGACCUGCAGAAAUGACGACGUGACGCUGAACUUUGCGGUGUCAGUCGUAAGGUUGGCUGCAGGAAGCUGAUGCCCAGCAGCAUCCAUCCAGCUAGGGGUGAAGAUCACACCUCCUCAUCUUUUGUUACCGCGAAUAGAAGCACCGCGAGCUAUCUGGCACAAUCUGGGCUUCAUUAUUGCAUUGUUGCCAGCCACAUGUCUCCAUAUUGAAAUGCCGGUCAGAAUCCAUGCUGCUGCUGUUUCCCUGUAGUAUCAGAGGACCAGGGCCCAUCUCUUCUGUCUGGCAUCACACACACACACGGCUUAAGCUAAGCAGAAUAGAUCACUGCGAGUAGAGGGUGAGAUCAAACGCGAACAGGCUGUACAAAGAUAAGAACAAAAACCAGUCUGCAGAGACGAUUCCAGCCUGCUGGAGUAAAAAUGAAUGAACUUGGAGCACGCAGUGGCUUAAAGUGACCUCAUCCUGCUUCGUUAGUCUCGUGCUGUCAUCACUAUCGGUAUAAAAUCACUCACAGGAUCAUCUGAUAUCCAAAGCACCCUUCUAAUGUCUAACUGUUGGCCUUUCAUGGUUGUGAUGACUGCAGUGGAGGGUCUUCUUGACUCUUGAACAUGGUGUGGAUAUCAUUUAGUUUGGUUUUAAAGGUCGCCGUGCACCCCACCUUCAUAGGAGCCUCUUACAGCGCAUUAUUGGUCCUUUGUACUUCCUCUGCCAAACCGUGAUCUACAUUAGCAUAGACUGCGGUGUUACUGGUAAUGUGGUGUCUCCAUGGAAACUGGAGCUGUCAUAUGACAAAGUCACUUAAUAUUAAUCUUCAAACCUGCAAGCACGCAGCACAAGAUUAAAAGCUCAUUACAAAGCGUGUUUUAUAAACCCGGGCUUCAUUGCAGUUUUAAUCACCCAGAAUCAUCAUGUGAUCACAGGGCCUCGUUUCUUUUACGAUUACUGCCCAGGCCUGCAGUGCCCGAGAUGCACGUGUAGGCUAUUGAACCAUGCCCCCAGGUUUGGUUUCAGGGUUCCCCUUUUCUGAAAAUCCUUGUUUGCCAAAAUACAGAAAACACAGACUAUACUGUAUCCAGGAUGUCAGGUAACAUAUAAUCUGUGCACACAAACUCUUGAGGGGAAUUACAGUAAAAAAAAGUGAACCCAUAUCUCUUCCUGAAAACCCCACAAGGGCCCAUGAAGGUCUCCGAGAUCCCAGUGCGGGACCUGGUGUCCCAUAUUUCUGUCUUUGAUACGAUUUAUCACCACAGGCUGUGAAACUCCACCGUGUUGCGUAGAGUCCUUAAAAUCCAAUACAUACGGUACACAUAGAAACUGUAAUUAUAGCUAUAUUAACAUCAAUACAAUGAUACAGUGAAUGUGUACCACACAUGCUAUCCAUUAUAGCCACCCUGCUACCGUCGAACCAGUCGUGUGACGUCGUUAUCGCAGCUGAACCAAUGAAAUUACUUCUAGCAAUUUUACCGCGAGGAAGCGAAAUAUGGGCGUGUCCAUGUUCGUCCUUCCAAAGAAAAUGUAAAGAAGCUGCUAAAUACACACGCGAACCAAAACGUAAUGGCCUUGCUGGCUUACAGGUAAAUGUACCCUGUGUCACUGGGGGCAUGGUUAAGGUCCUCUCGGGCAUACUUGCUGUUGCGUUGGAAGCGGCACCCUUUUGUUUUUGGGCGGAGCGUUAGUUGCUAGCCUUUUAUUUAGCUAGCAGCGACUAUCUCAGAUAGCCGGUUGUAGGGACUCACAUGGCGACACCUCUGUUGUUUCACAACGGCUCGGCUAGCUAACAGCAGCCCGUCUCCUGCCCUCGGCCUGACCCCAUGGAUCCCGGUGGAAGUGAACUGGACUCCAGCCUGCCUCAGCCAGACAACCCGUGUUUGAUAGUGGAGGACUCCCAGCCGGACAGUGUCGCUUUAGAAGACGACCCCGAGAGCAGCUACCGAGCUCUGCUGGCCCGUCGCCUGUCCAGUCUACAGCCCACCGCUCGCAGCCCGGUACUGGAAUUAAUAUCUUCACCAAUAGGAAGCAGGUGCUCUCAGACCGGCAGCCAAUCAGAGAGCAACAGCCAGGCUGAGCCUGACGGUCUUGCUGCAGCCAACUCCAGUUCAGUGUUCCAGGAGGACAGUCAAGUUUUAAAUAUCUGCGCUCCUCCAAACAACAAAAAGUGUGUACCAGAGGACGCUGACAUGGAUUCCGGUGCUGAUUCUACUACACACUGUAUUCAGUCUGAAGGGGAAGCUUCUCAGUUUGGUUUUCUUGAGCUUUCUCAGACUCAGGAUCUGUGUGGGGAAGCUGUGAACAGUCAGGAGGAAGACGGAGACAAAUGUAACAAAUUGGCAGAGCAGAACAUCAGUUCCAGGACUUCAGAAAGUCAGGACAGCAAAGCGUUGAGGUCUGAGGUGAGCUCCAGCAGCUCAUCAGAGUCUUUGGGUCAGUCAGGCAGGCAGCUGAGUGUCCAGGUCCUGCUGCACUCGCAGAACCUGCAGGACUCUGCUGAGCAGGACCAGCAGGACUGUGAGAUCCUGUCCUCACAGGACGACCUGUUCGAUGCUGACAAGACAGGUGCUGCAGUGGACAGUACAGUGUCUGAGCCGGAGCAGCAGGGUCACCCCACCUCCACACCCGCCCACACCCUACAGCUGCUGCAUCUAUCGGGACAGGGAACACUGGUGCAGGAGAGUCUGUCCCAGAGCUCUGUUGAUUAUGUCGCCCCCACCCCAGACAACUUUAGCCAUACACCUUUAAUAGUUCCCAGCUCACCAACCGAACUAGAGGAUGAAAAUGGUGCUGAUUCACAAAUGGAUACGUCACUGCCUCCGGAUGACAGGGGAGCAGGAGAAAAGGACGAGCCAAUGGAAACCGAGGCCGCCCCCAAGCCACAACCAUCUGCAUCUACUCCCAUAUCCCAAAGUUCCCCUGGUUUUGCUUUAGAGCGAACUCUCUCUGUACCGUCCCAGCCCGAGUUCUCUCAUGACGUAUUUGUUCCGACGCAGAGCCAGGAUGCACAGACGCAUGAAAAGUCAGCGUCGUUGCCUUGUGAGACAGAGUCUCAGCAUCUUGAGUCGGCUCCCUUCACCUUGCCUUUGCAGCUCUCUGUGAACACAGAGAACAGCAGCUGUCAUCAGCUCACCUCUGAGGAGGACAGCCAAGCCACUCAGAUAGAGGAACUGGAGGAGCCGCUUGCCGUCGACACCAGCGACUCUGUGAUUUCGCGUCACGAUCAGAGAGAGGAGAGUAAAGCCGUCCCGUCGGAGUCACAAGCCGCCGCCGGCUCCAAAGUGUUGUCCUCUGCUGAAUCACCGAAGCGCCACGUUGAAUGUGCUGAGACUGAAGCGACCGAUCUGGCCCAGAAAUCAGCAGUUUCUCUGAAUGUACAAAAUGUGAAUGUAAACGAUGUGAAGGCUGACAGCAAAGAUGCUGGCUGUGCUGACAUGGUGUCUUGCUCACAGCCAAAGUUUGAUUCUGCUGAUCUGACAGGUAAAAGCUGUGUGCAGGAGACUCCCUCAGACGCUACGCCCUGCAGCCUGCCUUCACAGUCUAUGAUUUCUCAAACAUCUGCUGUGGAUGCAGAUGUGUCAGGAGGAACUGUAAAAAGUCCCUUUGUGGAAUCGUCGUCGCCGCAGCCUGAGGUGGGGUGCAACAGCCAAACAGACAAAAACUCAAUGCACGAACGAGGUGAAGAGGAGGAUCAGGAGGUGGCGAUGGAGGUGGAGAACGCCGAGGGUACCUCGGGAAUGGGUCUGGUUCUCUCCCAGAGCCAGCUGUUGUCUCCUGAACCCAUGGACGAGGAGAUUGAGGACAAGGCAGAGGACAGCAUCCUCUGUGUAACAGACAGUGAGAAAGAGGUGGCGUCACAAUCAAAGACUCACAGUUCUCAACCAAUCACAGGCCAAGUGUCAGUCUCUACCAAUGGCCAUGAAUCCCAGACUCAGGAGAAAGAGGCGCACUCGGCUCCCGAUAGGCUGUCCCAGACGGAGAGGGCGGGCUGUGAACCAGAGGCCCUCAAAGAAAAGAGCUUGAGCGACAGCUCGGGAGACAUUUCAUUCCACUUCACCCUUCCUAAAGAAGGAGACUUGAUUGGACCUGUUGUCGGCGCCACGCCACCGCUGAUCAACCAGCUGAAGCAGACGCUGAGACACAGCACUCCCAUCGAGAUCAGCUCUUUUUCUGAAAAGUCGGAUGCAGUGGGUGACGUCUCUGCAGACGUGGUGAUGGCCAGCAGCGAUAUCGUUUUGGGUGGAAGUGGCGGUGACGCAGCUGACAAAGGUGACGGGAAGCUGAGCUUGAGGAUGAAGCUGGUGACGCCCGUUGAGGAGGGCAGCUCGGAGCGUUUCAGCCUGCAGAAGCCGACGCCACCAGAAGAGGAUGGAUCUGUCACCAAGGUUACGACCGUUUCCCAGGCUGUAACCAGCCCGUCGGUGUUCACUCGGGUCAGGCAGGUGCACCGACAGCAGGAGGUGGAGGAGGACAGCCAGCCUGGAGAAAACACUACACUGGUCAGGGGGGAACUGUUCGCCUCACCACAGAGGAGCUCUCAGGCGUCCGUAUCGAAAUGCAACAGUCUGCCGAACAGCCAGGAUGUAUCGACCGCGCCGCAGCAGGACCUGCGGGAUGCGCUCGCCCCCGCUGAGCCGCCUGAGGACAGCAGAGGACUGCCUGAUGCUCAAGAGCCGACCUCCCCGAGCAGCACAACAGUCAGGCAGAAGGUGGUUUCCCAGCCGGCCUCUGAGAACACCAUCACCUCCACACCGCCCAGCAAGACAUGCCAGCGGACAGUCUCCCAGCAGACCGGCUUCGAUGCAGCGGGGUUUCGCUCCCCAGCUGGCCGGGGUGAACCCGAGUCCCCGUCCUUUAGAAGAACCGCCGUUCCCUCUCACCGCAGACACGUGCGCACCAUCCAGGAAGUGCGGACCACCGUCACUCGGAUCAUUACCGACGUGUAUUAUGAGGACGGCAAAGAGGUGGAUCGCAAAGUCACCGAGGAGAGCGAGGAGCCCGUGGUGGACUGUCAGGUCUUGGACAGCGACAUCUCUCCGUGCCGCACAGGCAGCAGUUCUGUGACCUCUGGUGAUCUGGGGGACAUCAGCUCGCUUUCGUCCAAAGCGUCCAGCCUGCAGCACAGUUCCGGGGGAACCAGCAGCAGUAUGGGCCUCACCAGACCAGACUUCAUCAUUCCAGCGAGCAGAGGGUUCAAAUCCACGAGUCCAAGGAGGGGAGGUGGGCAUCAACAGAGGGGUCACAGGGGUCACAGGGCAGGGUCAGUGGUCACACUGAACAGAGGCUACAGCACGCUGGGGUCCCGGGCCUUCGUCCCGCUGACCCCCAGAGGAAGGGCUAGAAGGGGCCGACCCCCGUCCCGCUCCUCCCUGUCCAGGGGAGGAGGCGGUGGCUCGCUGCAGAGACUGACGGCUCAGGGCCAGCCACAGUCGUCCUCAGAAGAUGAGCCGUACAGCCGCGUGCUCCCCGUCAGCCCCACGGACCCCGAGCUUCCCAGCCACUCGGACUCCCUCAGGUCUUCGCCAGAGGCGGCGAGCUCAGCCGGGAGCAGCUUCAUCGGCCUGCGGGUGGUGGCUAAGUGGUCAUCCAAUGGUUACUUCUACUCUGGUCGCAUCAUCAAAGACGCCGGCGAGGGGAGAUUCCGCUUGCGGUUUGACGAUGGCUACGAGUGUGAGGUUGCCGGGAAGGAUAUCCUGCUGUGUGAUCCCAUCCCACUGGAGACGGAGGUCACUGCUCUGCUGGAAGACGAGUACUUCAGUAUAGGUGUCGUUAAGGGCCAUAAAACAGAGGGCCAGGAGCUGUUUUACAGCGUGGAGAAGGAGGGUCGGAGGCAGUGGUACAACAGGACAUCGGUCAUCCUGUCGCUGGAGCAGGGAAACAAGCUGAGGGAGCAGCACAGCCUCGGGCCCUACGAGCCCACCACUCCCCUGGCCAAGGCCUCCGACAUCAGUCUGGAUAACUUGGUUGAGGGGAAGAGGAGACGCAGAGGAACCCCUGGAGGUCAGAACACUCCCAACCGCAGCUCCUCCAACAGCCCUCGCUCCCCGGGAACCUCCAGCAAGAGGAAGCUGAUUGCCUCAGAGGACAACCAGGGGCCGGCCAAGAGAGGGCGCAGGGGGGCGGGGGCCAGAGCUGCUCAGCGGGUCGGUGUGUGCAAUACCUCGGGCAGUGGCACCGAUGUCCCGGGUCAGUCUGGGGACGUGGAAGACUCUCACGGUCCGCUGCCCCAGAACACGUCCCUCUUUAUGGGCUUCGCUUUCAUGCUGACCGCGUCGUCUGAGACCGACCGCCUGACCAACAAGCUCACGAGCGAGGAUGAGGAGGAUUAUGUGCAGACGGGUCCGUAUAACAAGUCAUACACAGAAACCCAGCUGCAGGCGGGCGGAGGCUUCAUCCUACCAAACUUCAAUGAAGAACAGUGUAAGGCAGCUUACCAGAGCCUGCUCAUCGCGGACCAGCACUGCCGUACCAGGAAGUACCUGCUGUGUUUAGCCAGCGGCGUGCCGUGUGUGUCGCACAUAUGGGUGAGAGACUGCUGCAAAGAAAACAAACUGCUCAACUACAGGAACUACCUGCUGCCUGCCGGCGUGGGGCUGGACGAUGCCAUAGUGGAGUGGCAUCCUCGCUGCAGCCCCUUCAAAGGCCUGCGGGCUCUUCUGGUGUUUGAGAAGCCGGUGGAACUCUGGGCCCAGCUGAUUACCAUGGGUGGAGGCUCCUCCGUCCGGCAGUUCCAAGCAGACAAAGACGACUCUGACAUUCCUGCUGGCAAGUAUGACCUCGUGGUGACAGACCAUGCCUGUCCGCCGCUGCUCGAGAAAAGCGCAACAUCACAGGAAAUCCCGCUGGUGUCUCCGGAGUGGCUCAUCCAGAGUCUCAUCUGCGGGGAGCGCCUGGCUUUCGAUUGCAAGCCUCAGUUUUGCCACGACUAUUCCUCGUCCUCGUCGUCCUCAUAAUCUGACCCCACGUGCAAAAUGCCUUUGACCAAGCUAAAUGUUGAGCGUUAGUUCUGUUGCAUGCUUCUGCUGUAUAUAACUUGAUCCUGUCCGUUUUUAUGAGAUAAUAAAUUGUGACCCUUGUUUCAUUUUAA